CCGGGCUGUCAAAACGUACUGAAAAUGUUUACAUCAUUUGGGUGUUCUUAUAUAUAUUUGGGUAUCCAGGUCAACAAUCCCACAGUGUACUAAAGCAUCUCAUCUGGUCAGGCCCUGGCACCACUCCUGAGCUUCUGCCCAAGGACACUGACUUUCAACGGGAUGAAGACUGCAACUUGUUACCUUCUCAUCUUCAUCUCCCUUCUCGAGCUGAUGGCCCCAGUGAAUACUGCAGAGACCUUAGACUCACUCCUGGAGAAAAAAAUCAAGAAACUUCUCCACUGUGGAGAUGACUGUCCCUUCACUGCGACUAAGUCUUUGUCCUGCACUAGUGUCACCGCUACCGGCACACUAGCCUCCUGUCCUGCUGGGAUGGCUGUCACUGGUUGUGCCUGUGGCUAUGGCUGUGGAUCAUGGGAUGUCCAGAAUGGAAAUACCUGCCACUGUCAGUGCAAAGGCAUGGAUUGGACCACCGCCCGCUGCUGCCAACUGGCCUGAGAAUGAGGAGACUGAGAACCUAGUUUGGAAAUAAUGACUCUAAAGAAACUGCAGUCUCAACAUGGCAACCUGGCUCAUAUCCCCUUGAUGAAUUCAUAUUCGCUGUUAAUACUGCUUCUUGAAAAAUAAAAGCAAAUUUUUAUCUGUC